CAUCCGUCCUGACCUGUGCCUCCUGAGCCCCGGGACUCAGCGCUGCCAUCACCACUGCUGCCAGGUGCGAUGGAGGGUCCUCGCUCAGAUGUGGGCCGCUGGGGUGGGAACCCUUGGCAACCCUCUACCACACCAGAGCCACAGCCAGAGCCAGAGUCAGACAGACGCAAUCGAAGAGGAAGAGGGAGAGAAAGGAGGUCCUUCUGGGCAAGGUGCUGUGGUUGCUGUUCAUGCCGAAACAGAGAUGAUGAUGAUGACUGGGGCCCUGAACCCUCCAGAAAUCGAGCCUCUGGCUCUAGAGACCGAAGACCUCCUUCCCGGGGCACAGGUGUAAAUGCAGCUGGUGAUGGCACCAUUCGAGAGGGCAUGCUAGUGGUGACUGGUGUGGACUUGCUGAGUUCUCGCUCAGACCAGAACCGACGAGAGCAUCACACAGAUGAGUUUGAGUAUGAUGAGCUGAUAGUGCGCCGUGGGCAGCCCUUCCAUGCGAUCCUCUUCCUGAACCGGGAGUAUGAGUCCUCUGAUCGCAUUGCCCUGGAGCUGCUCAUCGGAAACAACCCUGAAGUGGGCAAGGGCACCCAUGUGAUCAUCCCUGUGGGCAAGGGGGGCAGCGGUGGCUGGAAGGCCCAGGUGAUCAAGGCCAGUGGGCACAGCCUGGAACUGAGGGUCCACACUUCCCCAAGUGCCAUCAUCGGCAAGUUUCAGUUCACUGUUCGCACACGUUCAGAGGCAGGGGAGUUCCAGUUACCCUUUGACCCCCAAAAUGAGAUCUACAUCCUUUUCAACCCCUGGUGUCCAGAUGAUAUUGUGUACGUGGACCAUGAAGACUGGCGGCAGGAGUAUGUGCUAAAUGAAUCUGGAAGAAUUUACUAUGGAACAGAAGCACAGAUUGGUGAGCGCACCUGGAACUAUGGUCAGUUUGACCAUGGGGUACUAGAUGCCUGCCUGUACAUCCUGGACCGGCGGGGAAUGCCAUACGGAGGCCGUGGGGACCCCGUCAGUGUGUCCCGGGUCAUCUCUGCCAUGGUGAACUCCCUGGACGACAAUGGAGUCUUGAUUGGGAAUUGGUCUGGCGAUUACUCUCAAGGCACCAACCCCUCAGCAUGGGUGGGCAGCGUGGAGAUUCUGCUUAGCUACCUACGCACCGGCUAUUCCGUCCCCUAUGGCCAGUGCUGGGUGUUUGCUGGUGUGACCACCACAGUGUUGCGAUGCUUGGGUCUAGCCACCCGUACUGUCACCAACUUCAACUCCGCCCACGACACAGACACAUCCCUCACGAUGGACAUCUACUUUGAUGAGAACAUGAAGCCACUUGAGCAUCUGAACCAUGAUUCUGUUUGGAACUUCCACGUGUGGAAUGACUGUUGGAUGAAGAGGCCAGAUCUGCCCUCAGGCUUUGAUGGGUGGCAGGUUGUGGAUGCCACGCCUCAGGAGACUAGCAGUGGCAUCUUCUGCUGUGGGCCCUGCUCCGUGCAGUCUGUCAAGAAUGGCUUGGUUUACAUGAAGUAUGACACGCCCUUCAUUUUUGCCGAGGUGAAUAGUGACAAGGUAUAUUGGCAGCGACAGGAUGAUGGCAGCUUCAAGAUUGUGUAUGUGGAAGAAAAAGCAAUUGGCACACUCAUUGUUACAAAGGCCAUCAGCUCCAACAUGAGGGAGGACAUCACGCACAUCUAUAAACAUCCAGAAGGCUCAGCAGCAGAGCGGAAGGCAGUGGAGACAGCUGCUGCCCAUGGCAGCAAACCCAAUGUAUAUGAAACCCGGGACACUGCUGAAGAUGUGUCAAUGCAGGUGGAGGCACAGGACGCCGUGAUGGGGCAGGACCUGACCGUCUCCAUUGUGCUCACCAAUCGUGGCAGCAGUCGCCGCACUGUGAAGCUGCACCUCUACCUCUCUGUCACCUUUUACACUGGUGUCACUGGCUCCAUCUUCAAGGAGACCAAGAAGGAAGUGACACUGGCUCCAGGAUCUUCGGACAGUGUGACCAUGCCCGUGGCCUACAAGGAAUACCGGCCCCAUCUUGUGGAUCAGGGGGCCAUGCUGCUCAAUGUCUCAGGCCACGUUAAGGAGAGUGGGCAAGUACUGGCCAAGCAGCACACCUUCCGUGUGCGUACCCCAGAUCUUUCCCUCACGUUACUGGGAGCAGCAGUGGUUGGCCAGGAGUGUGAAGUACAGAUUGUCUUCAAGAACCCCCUACCUGUAACCCUCACCAACGUCGUCUUCCGCCUUGAAGGCUCUGGGUUACAGAGACCCAAGGUCCUCAAUGUUGGAGACAUCGGGGGCAAUGAGACAGUGACACUGCGUCAGACAUUUGUGCCUGUGCGACCAGGCCCACGUCAGCUCAUCGCUAGCUUGGACAGCCCGCAGCUUUCCCAGGUGCAUGGUGCCAUCCAGGUGGACGUGGCCCCAGCCUCCGGAAGCAGAGGUUUCUCAGAUGCUGGAGAGGAGAGCAUUCCUAUGGCAUCUCGAGGUGGAGCUUAGCCUUGAGCCUGGAACCUUGGG